CGAGGCUGCGCUUCCUCAGUCUCAGGUGAAUCCGCCGCGCGUAGAGAGAAGUUACGAGGAUUUAUACAGUCGAACCGAGCCGGUACCGGUCCGGACGGGCAUGGAGUGAGCGGGGGAGAACCGGAGCCGGGGUCAGAAGAGUCUCGAUCUUGAGGAGACUGGAAGUUUAUUCCGUCGGUUUGUUGAAGAAGAACCACAUGAAUCAAACCCCGAUGCCUCAAACAAGCCAAUUAGUUUAUUGAACUUAAUUUUCACCAGAACCGCCCCAUCAGCGUGUCAAUCAACACGCCAAUCCCUGCCCAAAUUGAUCACCUCAGAUCUUUUCCUCUGGUUGGGAUCUAAAAACCUUCAGUUAUGUCCCUAAUGGGCGUCACAGCGGCACCCAAGCCAGUCUGCUACACCAACGCUACGGUAAAGUUCUUCUACGAGUCGUCUGGGAAGAACAUCUCGGACACAUGGAGGACGCAGGACUACAUCGUGGUGGGACUUGGACUGACGGUGUGCGUCUUCAUCAUCCUGGCCAAUAUCUUGGUCAUUACCGCCAUAUUCAUUAACCGGAGGUUCCACUACCCGAUCUACUUCCUGCUGGGGAACCUGGCGGCGGCGGAUCUCUUCGCCGGGAUCGCCUACCUGCACCUGAUGUUCCACACGGGGCCGUGGACCCAGAGGCUCACCAGAUACCAGUGGUUCCUCCGACAGGGUUUGAUAGACACCAGUCUCACGGCGUCGGUGAUUAAUUUGAUGGCCAUCGCUCUGGAGAGACACCAGACCAUCUUCACCAUGCAGCUGCACAGUAAGAUGACGAACCGCCGGGUGUUCCUGCUGAUCCUCAGUAUCUGGCUGGUGGCCACGCUGAUGGGGCUGGUGCCCACGCUGGGCUGGAACUGCGUCUGUAACCUGGCCAGGUGCUCCAAGAUGGCGCCGCUGUACAGCCGGGACUACCUGGUGUUCUGGGCGGUGCUGAACCUGGUGAGCUUCACCAUCAUGGUGGUGGUCUACACCCGCAUCUUCAUCUACGUCCGGCACAAGAGCCAGCGCAUGAGCCAGCACACCACCCAGUCCCGCCACAAGGAGACGGUGGAGAGCCUGAUGAGGACCGUCUUCGUCAUCCUGAGUUGUUUCGUGAUCUGCUGGACUCCAGGUUUGGUCCUGUUGUUGCUGGACGGGGUAAACUGCGGCAUCAUCGUCCUGAAGUUUGAGAAGUACUUCCUGGUUCUGGCCGAGUUUAACUCCCUGAUGAACCCGAUCAUCUACUCGUACCGGGAUCAGGACAUGCGCCGCACCUUCAAGCGUAUCCUGUGCUGCCUGUGUCCUCGCGCCGGCCACAAGGGGCAGCACGCCGGCGUCCGGUUCAACACCCUGGACCAAGAGAGAAGGCGACAAGAGUUGGAAGACUCGUGGAUAGCUUGUAAAUUGUCUUGCGCUUCAUCCUCGUGAUCGGAUGAACAAAAUCAGACUAUUCCAUUCACGCGACGAAUCCACUAAACUCUCGUUUUUGUGAUUUAUGAAUGAUUUAUUUUGUUCUUUUUCACCUGAUUCUUAUUGUUGCUGUUCCUCCCAUCCUGCAGAUCUACGACUGUAUUUUGCUGUGCUAAUGUUCGGUGUGUUCAGUAUGUAGCGUUUUAAUGCCUGUUCAGGUGCUUUUGUAAUGCUAUGCUAAGCUAAACUAUGCUAAGCUAAGUGUAAUUCCAGCACUGUAUGGUUUGUGUGUGUUGGGGUGUGUUUUAGUCAUGCUAAAUUCAGGGGUUUAACAGGAUAAUGACCUUAGCAGCUGUGCUAGCAGCCCAUAUAGUGUUCAGUGCUAAUGUACGUGUGGAAAUGUGUUAACUAGCGCGCUAAUGCACCCCAGCUUGAGAUUAGCUCCACAUUUUUGGUGUUAAUGACCUCAGCGUCGCUCAGGUUGUUCUGAAGUGGAGUCGAUCUCACUGCCAGCCCCCUGACCCGGCGCUAGCAGAUGUUUAGCGACUCCCCGCUGUGUUUGUCAUGCUAAUGUCGCUAUGUGAUUGGUUUACGAGCUCGUCUGUGUCUGUGUGUACAGUAAUCACUUAAAUAUUUACACAUCCGUCCUCCUCGGCAGAUUAACAGCGCUGCACAGAUGGAAACAUUUUAGCGUUGCGUUCGAUGAGUCAGGGAGAAUUUUUGCGUUACGCCGAAUUGUUUUCUAACCACUUUCCGGUCGUUUGUUUGUCCCCCACCCCUUCAGACACCAACCAGCACAUCCUCACAAAGGCAUGAACUCAAGAGUGUCCAAUUUAUACGCUCCCAGAAACCAUCAGUUCCCUCUGUGUGAUAGAACUGAUUUUUAAUAGAUCUUAUAGAUUGUGGUGUUUAGCCUGUUUCAGCUGGUUUAGUAAACAGCAAAUUCACACCCGACUAGAUAAAACCGGCUAAACACCACAAUCUAUUCAUUCAAAAUCACCUAAAACCUGCUACAUAUAAUCUGUCAACUUAAAAUUAACUAAAACAGGCUAAACACCACAAUCAAUUAAUACACACCAGCUAAAACAGACUUAAUGCCACAACCAAUUCAUGCAAAACCAGCUAAAACAGGCUAAACACCAUAGUCCAUCCAUUAAAAUCAGCUAAAACUACAGUAAAAAUAGGCUAAAUCUAUCCAUUAAAAGUCAACUAUAACUUGCUAAAUACAAUGUCAACUCCAAACCAGCUGAAACAGGCUAAACACUACAAUCUAUCAAAUAAAAUAAGCUAAAUCUGGUUAAACUCCACUAUUUAUCUAUUAAAAAUCAUCUAAAACCUGCUAAAUACAAUCUGUUGACUCCAACCCAGCUAAAACAGGCUAAAAAACACAAUCUAUCCAUUAGAAAUCAGCUAAAACUUGUUAAACACAAUCUUUCAACUUCAAACCAACUAAAACAGACUAAACACCACAAUCAGUUCAUGCAAAACCAACUACAACAAUUAAGAAAUGAAUGAAAACCUGCUAAAUACAAUCGGUCAACCCCAAAACAGCUAAAUCAGGCUAAACACCACAAUCUAUCCAUUUAAAAUCAGCUAAAACAGGAUAAAUAUUCUAUUCAGUCUAUUUAUAGCAAUUGACACAGAACAAGUGCAACUGAAUAGAUUUGUACUGGUUCGUUUGGCUGUUAGAGUGUUAGAAAUAGCUUUGAUAAGUAUUUAGAUUAAUAUAUAAUAUAUUAUUACUCAAAUUUCACACUUUUUCUCAAAUUGCUGCAAAAUUCUGGGAGUUCGGUGUGAAAUUGUGAUUCACUGUAAGGGAAUCUUUCUGAUUCCAAUACAAUUCCAAUCCAAUCUUACACCAGUCUUCUGAGUUUAUAUGGAAUGAUGAUGAUGGUAAACUAAUGAAUAAUUUGAGCUAAUGCAGUUUUCAUCAGGGACUAUUUUUUCACCACACUACUCCCUGCAUAUUGCACACGUAUCCCUCCACCAGUUUAAUGACGGGCGAUUUUUGAAACCAGUUUUAGAUCCAAAAUCUUCUCAGAACUCUGGUGAAAUGAUGUGUCUGGCUUUGGGGCAGGCUAUUCGUUAACGUUUGGUGUGAUAACUUUAUGCGGGGGCGGGGCUUAGAGCUUUAGGCAUUCUAUCUCCAUCUCCACCUCCACUGAUCUGUACACUAUUCUCAGUAUUUUGACUGGUUAAGUUAAGCUGAAACUGGUCUGAGUGGGUGAGGGUUGGAGUUAGGGGAUGGUGGGGGGUGUUUCUGGUUAAGACCCCUGUGGGGGGGGAGGCAUGAUACUGUGGUUUGGUGUAAACUCGACUGUUAGCGAUCUUUUCCUGGCAGCUGCCUGAAAGAGCGAGUGUGGUUUAGCCUUUAGCCUCAGAUUACAGACCUCCCCGUAUCUCUGCUGCCUCACUUUCUCUGUCUCUCUGUCUGUUUCUGUUUAGUUUUUCAGAUUUUUUUACAGUGUUUUUGCUGUUUUAUGAUUAUUAUUUUUGUUCCAACUCAAAUGGAUUUGACUUUCUCCAGAUUAUUAUUAUUUUUUUAUCCAAAAUAAACUCGCUUGAAAAAGCAA